AUGAAUUAUUACUGUGAGUUUCCAGUUGAUCCGGCUAUGAUCAUAUUAAAAAAGCUAUCAAAGAGUGAUCUUAUUGGUAAUGUGAAACUACCGAAAAAGCAAGUAAUGUCUGUUUUCAAGAAGAUGGAAGGCGUUACAGAUGAGACUUUGCUAAACGGUAUCGAAGUGAAAGUCCUCGAUCUGGCAGAAGCAAACCCCGACACUAACUACAAAGGCGAUGAGUACACAGUUACUCUGAGAGGUGUUGACAACGAUAAAUUUUAUUUCGGUGAUGGUUGGAGUACUAUGAAGUAUUCGAUGGAUCUCAACGAAGGCGAAACUCUGAAGCUCUAUUGGGAUUACUUACAGGGAAUAUUCAUUGUUCUCAAUAUUCCAUAUUUAGUUAUGGAAGAAGAAUGA